AUCCCUAAGUUAGACAUAUAAACCAAUAAGUUUCGCUUCAGUGAUCCACAGAGAAGACCGUAAGGUGAGAGACUGAAGGCACUUAGCUCCAUACAAUUGUAGUAGCUAAUAAAUCGACAUUCAUGUUGGCCUUUACUUGAUGUAAAUCUAUCUGAAAGCAGUCGGUCAAGCAUUUGCAUCAAAUAACGUACAAGUAAGCCGUGGUGCAUAUUCCCUAAUAUAACUAGGGAGCUUAUACUUAUUAUUUUGCAAAACAUUGACCUUUAAUUCUAAUAACAGUUAACGUCAAUAUUAAAAAAAGCAGGUUCGAAAGUAAUAUAGCAAUCCAUCUAGUGACUUUCUUCAGUCAUUCAAAUGAUACUCUUGGAAAGCUUCAGGAAACAAUUGUUAGGUGAUGACAAAAAGUCGACUUUGAAUGGACAUAUCAACUUCAUAUCCCUAUAGCAUCCCCGGAAAUUUAUCUCAUCAUAAAUACAAUGCUGCUGAAAUUUAAUUACUUAUCAAAAUAAAAAAACAACAACAAUAAAGACCUAACUUACUUUAGGAUUAUUUGAAUUAUCCAACUGUUCACGUUUAGGCUGAAAAUAGGAUUAAAUGUGUACCACUCAAUUAACUGCUAUUCCAUAUAAAAAUUCUGUGGUCACUAGCUAAUCGGUUACUGGGUUAUAUGAUCAGCAGACAACAUUUAAGCAAAUUAUGUUUGUUGGAUGUUCUUAUUAAAGAGAAAUUAACUAGAGCGUUGUCAUGUUUGGCUGUGAAUGUACAAGUCUCGUUUUCCCAAAAACCCGCUGCCAUCAGACUUCUGAAGGUCGGUCGCUUUAAGUCUAAGGGCUUAAUGUCUGCUGUAGUUACUAACUUUUCUCCGGUCUCCAACAAAUUUACUGUUGCUCUAUGUGUACUGAAUCAGUGGGCGCUUGACUUUAGUGGAAAUACUAGACGUGUAAUCGAAAGUAUUAAAACUGCUAAACGCUUGGGAGCUAAGUAUAGAGUUGGCCCAGAACUAGAGGUCUCAAGUUACGGAUGUGAAGAUCAUUUUCAUGAAUUGGAUACCUAUACUCAUUCAUGGCAAUGCAUUGCAAAAAUAUUGAGUGAAACAAAUGAAAAUGUUGAAAUGCAAGAUAUUGUUUGUGAUAUUGGAAUGCCAGUUUUACUGAGAGGUGUGGCUUAUAACUGCAGAAUUCUUUUAUUAAAUGGGACUAUUCUAUUGAUACGACCGAAAUUAGUCCUCGCAGAUGAAGGUUUGCACAGAGAGUCUCGUUGGUUUACGCCUUGGCCUCAUCACCAGAGAAUCAUUGACUUUGAGUUGCCCGAAAUAGUCCAGAAAGUAACCAAGAAUUCGCAGUCAGUAGCAGCUUUUGGUGAUGCUAUUUUACGAUUUUCUGGAAAUGGCUAUUCUGAAUGUGUACAGAUAGGCUUGGAAACAUGUGAAGAGCUUUGGACGGGAACACCACCUCAUAUUGAUAUGUAUGCAGCUGGUGUGGAUGCUGUGCUCAAUUCCAGUGCCAGUCACCAUGAACUGAGAAAACUAAAUAGAAGAAUAGAACUAGUGAAAUCUGCUAGCACAACGAAUGGUGGUGGAUUCUAUGCGUAUACAAAUCUUAGAGGAUGCGAUUCUGGGAGAGCUUGUUACGACGGUUGUGCAUUAGCCGCAGUUUCCGGUCAGCUAAUUUGUCUGAGCCCACAGUUUGGAUUUGGGGAUGUCUCUGUUGAAACUGUCACUGUUUGUCUGAAUUCACUGAGAUCAAAGCGAAUUGCCAGUCGUUGUUUUGGGCGUGCGGCUGCAGCCAGUGCAGCUGCGAAAUCCGAUGCAUUUGGCAUUACACACAGUUGUUAUCCAGUUGUUAAGGUUGAUUUCAAUCUUUGCCAUAUUGACCAUUGGCCUGAUCAGUCCUUACAGCCUCAUGUUGAUACUCAUAUUCCCUCACCUCCAGAAGAGAUUUCUUAUGGUCCUGCAUUAUGGUUAUGGGACAAUUUACGCCGAAGCAAGUCUUCAGGAUUUUUUCUUUGCCUGAGUGGAGGUUUGGACAGUGCAGCAGUUGCGUGUAUUGUGUUCAGUCUUUGUAAUCAAAUUUUUCAAACUAUAAGACAAGGUAAUAUGUCCGUUACGCACGAUUUACGAACUCUGUUGAAUGAGUCGGAUAAAUAUAUCCCUGACAGUGGUCGUCAAUUAUGUUCUCGUCUACUAACAACUUGUUUUAUGUCAAGUGAGAACAGUUCUGCGCUUACAAGAUCACGUGCUAAUCGCUUAGCUAAACUUUUAGGUUCAAAUCAUUUAGAAUCCGAUAUUACACCACUGGUAAAAGAAUUUGUCCAUAUGGCUUCCAAGACUUUGAAUCUUGCUCAACCACCUCGUUUCACUGUUCAUGGCGGUUCAAGUAAAGAGAGUUUAGCUCUUCAAAAUAUACAAGCUAGAAGUCGCAUGGUUUCAGCAUAUUUACUGGCUCAGUUAAUACCAUGGAAAUGGAACUUGCCGUCAGGUCUGUUAGUUUUAAGUAGUGCAAAUCUAGAUGAAGGACUAAGAGGUUAUUUAACAAAGUAUGACUGUUCCAGUGCAGACUUAAAUCCUAUUGGAAGUAUCAGUAAGUCAGAUUUACGAUUGUUUAUUGCUUACUGUGCUCAAACGUUCCCAAGUUAUAUGGAUUCUGGAAGUGGAGUUGAACUUUCGGAAGUAUUGUUAGAAAUCUUAUCUGCUCACCCAACAGCUGAAUUAAUGCCACUUCAAUCUAACGGUGAAAUUAGUCAGACAGAUGAAUGUGAAAUGGGAUUGACCUAUGACGAAUUAUCAUUAUUUGGUAGACUUAGAAAAAUAUCCAACUGCGGACCUUACAGUAUGUUAGAAUCAUUAUUGGACGGUAGUUGGUUACUGAUUAAGAAGGUUCUACCUGAUAGUUGUUUUCAAAAAGAUGGGAAACCUGGUGCUGAACUUGCUCAAUAUCUUAGCGAAAAAGUGAAAUUAUUUUUUCGUUUUUAUGCUAUCAAUCGUCAUAAGGCUACUGUUUUACCACCAGCUUACCAUACUGAGGCUUAUAGUGCUGAUGAUAACCGGUAAUUUGAUCUUUUUCUUCUUUGUUAAUUUAGUCACAGAGUUACUAAAUACCCUUAUCAUUGUGUAUGCGCUUAUCACCCUGUAGAACAGUCAGUCAGUCAGUCAGUAAGCUACAACGUAGGACCAGGCACAUAUGUGCAUCGGUCCAGGUUGCCAUACCUCAUUAGCACAGCAAGAUGAACACCGGAUUCAUAAAAGUAGUUAAUUCAGAGGUGGUAAUAUAUAGGAGGAUUGCAAUAAGGAUAUAGUAUAGGAAGAAAGAAUUAGUUCGUAGAAAGAAAGAUAUGAAGUGAUUUUAAUCUCUUAGUUUAAGGGAAGACAGGGAGUGUAUACACCGACGCCAUUGUGAUCGAUUCUGAGCCAUGUCACCAAGAGUCUCCAACCAUUGGUUACGAAAGUCACGCGGACCCCAACCAAGUAGUCUG